AUGGCGAACGAAAUGGAUUUCGCUGGCAUACUGCCUACAAUUAAAUGCUCCAACUGUGGCAAAAACGUGGAGAUCUCUGCGAUGGGCGAGCAUGAUUGCCACCCCACCCAAGAACAGCCGCGCCCCGCUCCCUCUAAUGGAUUCAAAAAACCAGGACCUCCCCCAAUAGAUCCUGCCGUUGCGAAUCGACCUUUCUUAACACCGGACUAUGGCAGUCCGUCGAGCAGCCUGGGUAGUCACCCAGUCACACCACGCUUCUCUCCUCUACGCAGCCAGCCUUCUCCGCUGUCACCUGUACCUUUAUCUCCUGAUUCCGCAAGCGAUGACGGUAAUUUAUAUGUCAACGACCAUGUUACUAUCAGUCCUCAUCCAGCCUCCACUAUCCGUGCCGCAUUGAGUCCAACAGUGGCUCCCUCACCGUUACGCUCAGCUGUGCUCUCGCAGGUGCCGACAAUAAACAGCGACUCGGCGGUGACGGAUGUCUCCGAUAGCUCGCACAGUCGAUCGCCAUCAAUCGAAAGCAGAAGCACAUAUAGAACAUCGGUGUCAAGCAGGCGCUAUCGCGACUCAUCCUCGACAUAUGCCUCUAAAUCUCCUCGAAGACCGUCUUUAAGCGGCGCACGCAGCCCGAGAAAUUUCAUGGACGAGGUGCCGCCAGUGCCUACGGGGCCAUUAACUACUUUUAGACCGAAUUCAUCACUAAGCGUCGCCGACUCAACAAUAUCUAGCAGCCCGCCGAUAGAGAGAAAGGCGGGAUAUAGUGGGUUUGACUUUGGCUUAACCGAUGAGCCGCAAAGCAUGGAACACGGCAGGGCAGAUUCACCAGAAGCAACCACACUAAUACGAUCGCAAACCAUGCCGGUGAUGAGUGGAGAAGACAACCUUGAUGUUGACCACAACCCGUUGACAAGGUGGCCGUCGCAGCCAUCCCCAACGGUGCCAGGGCGACCGCCUUUGCCCAGACAGAUUGAAAAUCCAGCACGUCAAGGGCUUUCAGGAAACAAUAAAGCAGGCGCAAACGGGUCAGAAUAUGUUAGGGGCCUAGGACUAGAUAACAGUGCUUAUCAUAAUACUGUGGCGUCGACUUCAUCGACAGAAUCAUCGCAUUCGGACAUAGGGAGUGGUAGCUCGUUAUCUAGCCCUCCAUCAGAUAUUGAACGGAAACCGGCAGAUUUGAGCGAGAUUGAUUCAAUGUUACACGAUCUGGAAUUAGACCAGACCCGUGAUACUAAACCACCGGCAAUAGAUAAUAAACCGGAUCUCGAGCCCUUGCAGGAAGAACCGCCGUCGCCAAAAGCCAGCACUCCGCUCCGGGAAAAGACGUCGCAAGAACUCAUCGGUGAGCGAAUCUCGCGUCCACCUACCGCUGGAGGCCAAAAGCGCCGUUGUCGGGGUUGCGGACAGGGAAUAACAGGGAAAUCGGUCUCAUCAGCCGAUGGCCGUCUAACAGGACGAUAUCACAAAGCCUGUUUUGUCUGCUUUACGUGUCGAUCACCUUUUCAGACUGCUGAUUUCUACGUGCUUGAUGAUCACCCAUAUUGCGCCCAGCAUUACCACGAACUAAAUGGCUCGACCUGCGGCACCUGUCGUCAAGGAAUCGAAGGCCAAUAUCUAGAAAGCCAGGGUCCUGGUAGCAACCACCAGAAAUUCCACCCAGACUGCUUGACCUGCCGCACAUGUCGCGUCGUGCUCCGCGGCGAUUACUUCGAGUGGAAUGGCUCGGUGUACUGUGAGCGAGACGCGCGACGGGCCGCUGCAGUCUCCCAGCCCCCGAUGCCGCCAAUGCCACCUGGUGGCCCCGGUAGAAAAAGGCCAACAAUGCCUUCGUCGCCGCUCGCUGGGCCCCCGGGCUAUCCACCAGGUAAUCGGCCUCCACCUGCAGGAUUUAGAGGACCGCCGCCGCCGGGCUAUCGCGGCCGAGGUGCUCCCCCGAUGAUGCCACGAGGUCCGCCGGGACCCCGAGGCAUGGGCCGGUCUCCUCCCAUGCCUCCGCCAAGCCAGGGAGGAUUAUCGCCGGGGGGGCCAGCUGGGGGAUCACCUGGCGGAGCUCGACGAUUCCCUGAACGGAGAACAACGAAAUUGAUGAUGAUGUGA